UUUUCAUGUUUUACAGCUGUCAGUAUUUCGGCUUAUUUUUUAAUUUUGUAUUUGAAAAUUAUCGGGUUUUAUUUAUUUACUAAAUUUUCAAGUCAUCAUGUGUGAUCAUUGCGCAAAAAUGACAUCCCAGAAAGAUUAUGCUGGUCAAAUAACCUGUGCGUGUGACAGAGAUGGAAAAGGUAUGAAAAGGUCUAAAAUUGGAGAAAGGGUAAAAGAGUAUGUUGGCUGUUGUGAUAAAGAAGGGAAGAACGGGAAUGGUAACUGCUGUGGUGCCAAAAAUUGUCUUGGAACUAAGGAACCUGACAAAUGCUGCAAAGACAAAAAAUCUCCAAGUGUUUCUACCAACCGGAAAUCAAAUAGUAAUGGCAAUACUGCAUCUUGAUGUAACUGUCAUCCUCUCUUCAUUAACAAGUUGCCCAUAAAAAUCAUCCAAUCUUCAUAAUGAAUGAAAAAUGAAUAAAUAUCAAUAAAAUUCUUUUUUGGGAAGUGCAUAUUUAUUAAAGCGUGAAUAGAAAUGUUUAAAAUUACUUGGAAUGAAAAGGAGAGAGAAAGUUUGAAAUCGAGCUAUAUAAGAUAACAAAAUCCAAGCUUAAAUUGUUCCAAGUUCUAAGAAAAUUUGUGCACAACUUUUAGAAUCAACCCUUUUAAUCUUGCUACAUAACAGUAAUAACAGAGAGAAAGGGGAUUCCCUCGGCUAGUGACAAUGCGAAGGCAGUCGAGACAGUCACCAGGUGGAGCAGGUUCGACAACCUGAAUCUCUAACCUCAAAAUCAACUAAAAUCCUAGAAUGAUGAACGAGAGUGACGUCUAUUUAUUCAAUUGGAACGAGUCGUCCAUUUUGGCGCUGGAUUUGAAUCCCACGUUUUACAACGCAAGUUAUUUUAUUAACAGGACGUCGACUGAUUUGUGGGAUUUAACAAGUGACCGUGUUGGGUUGGCAAUAAUGUUAUUUUUGUUCUCAGUGGCGACAGUUUUCGGCAACACACUAGUGAUUCUCGCGGUUGUUAGAGAGAGAUACCUUCACACAGCGACUAAUUACUUUGUUACAUCACUAGCAUUUGCCGAUUGUCUAGUGGGGCUGGUGGUGAUGCCUUUUAGUGCUAUUUAUGAAGUUUUAGAGAACCGAUGGCUUUUUUCAAUGGAUUGGUGUGACGUAUGGCGAUCAUUAGAUGUAUUAUUUUCUACUGCAUCCAUUUUAAAUCUCUGCGUUAUCAGUUUGGAUAGAUAUUGGGCCAUUACGGACCCUUUCACUUAUCCAACAAGAAUGAGCAGAAGACGUGCUGCCAUUUUAAUAGCUAUUGUUUGGAUCUGUUCAAGCGCAAUAUCGUUUCCGGCAAUAGCUUGGUGGCGAGCAGUUCGAACUGAAGAAGUACCAAAAGACAAGUGUCCAUUUACUGAACACUUGGGUUAUCUUAUUUUCUCGUCGACAAUUAGUUUUUAUUUACCAUUGUUUGUAAUGGUAUUCACUUACUACAGGAUAUAUCGAGCAGCUGUGAUUCAAACUCGUAGUCUCAAACUUGGUACAAAACAAGUUAUGAUGGCGUCCGGUGAAUUAGAACUUACUUUAAGGAUACAUCGAGGUGGUGCGACCAAUACUCGACUAUUUAGAACAGCAUCAAGUACUCCUGAAGAUCUUCAGGACAUGGAAGAACCACUUACACUUCAUAAUAAUGGACUAACUCGUAUGCCUUCAGCGAGAAUUAAUAAUAAACAACAUCUUGGUAAAAACUUUUCGUUGUCUAGAAAGUUAGCUAAAUUUGCUAAGGAAAAAAAAGCUGCCAAGACCUUGGGAAUAGUCAUGGGAGUUUUUAUUGUCUGCUGGCUCCCAUUUUUCGUCGUAAAUUUACUAUCUGGAUUCUGCUCCCGAUGUAUUUACAAUGAAGAAAUGGUGUCCGCCGCAGUUACGUGGUUGGGAUGGAUCAACAGUGGUAUGAACCCAGUCAUCUAUGCUUGCUGGAGCCGAGACUUUAGACGAGCAUUCGUUAGGAUAUUAUGUGUUUGUUGUCCACGAAAAAUGAGGAGAAGAUAUCAACCAGCCUUUAGAUGUAAACCUAGUCAGUACGUGGGCGGAAUGGGAACUGGAGUGCAAGCAAGCAGCGUAAGUUACAGCAGUGUAUCACAAAGCAGUGACGGUGGUACCUACAGUGGAAUAGUAACAAGCACAUCAUCAAGUGGGGGAAUGUGACGUCACGCAGGGCCCAAACAGGGGCCUAAACGGGACCGUGCAAUACGCUUUCGCGAUACGUGAUUGGAAGAUAAUGCGCGCAAACCACCGAAUUCAGCCGAAGAGUUUGCGGAAGUACACGAGGCUGCUGUUCAAUCAUUUAAAAUGUUAGAAUCGAGUAUUACUGAAGAUGAGCAUGAGGAUUUGAAUGUUGAAGAUCUAAAACGUGAAUGUAAAGAGGAAUGUCUGAUAUCGAAUGAAAACAACGAGGGUACAGUUGAGAGUGAAAUCGAUAAUACUAAGAGAGAGAUAUGAAAAUUGGUAUUGCAUGAAUAAUUCAAAUUUUAUGUUUUGAAAUCCUUUUUAUCUUGAUGCAUAAAAUGGUUUAGCAAUGUUCGGAACUGGAGAAAAUUAAAUAAAGAAAAAAAAAAAUAGAAUAAAAGAAAUGGAACACGACCACGAUGUAAACGUAAAAAUAAUAGCUGUGGCAACGGCUGCGAUUGAUUGCUCUAGAGGCCGCUUGUAUCGAUCGCAAGAAUUGCAUUUGCAAUGUGGCCCCUCGGAGAGUAAUACGAAAAUACUCAUGAAUUUAUAUACUGUUCGAAUCAACCUGUUUUCGAUAUAUACGUUCUUUGCUUUAAAAUACUUUUUUUUACCACUAAAUUAUUAAUGUUAAUAGUACGCGAAUGAAUUUCCAACGGUAUAUAUGUAUAGUUAAAAGCAUAAAUGAAUGAAAGAGGUACAUUUUUCUACGUAAAAAUAUCUUACUCUCAAAUUUCUAGUCUUUAGAAUUAGAUGAUACUAAAGAAAUUUUAUGUAAAUGAUAAGUAAGAAAUCUGUAAAAAGAACCGACUGAUAAAAAAUAUUUCUCUAUGUAAAGUAAAUUAUUGACAGUAAAUAUCUAUUUAUUGAUUGACGUAGUGAGAAAUGGGAUUACCAAAAAUAUAUUAUAAAUUAUUCCAUCACUAUUUCUAUAAAUGAAUGUAUACUCACAGUAUUGACAGCUAUAAAGAGAAUUAUUAACGAAUAGAUAAAUGCUCAUUGGUUGUAAAUAAAUAAACGUAUUGUAAAAAAGUCAAUAUGUAAAAAAUAAAUCAAGUUAUGAUGAUGAUAAUGAUGAUAUAACACAAA